AUCGAACCUCUUUCGCACAUAGUAAUCGUUAAAACCAUUUCAGACAAUCCUUUCAGCUCGUCUAGCCUUACACAUGCGGUUGAAACACUGCUUAUUCUCAGGCUAACAGGCUUUUGAUAAUGUUUCUGCAAACUCCAAGUCAGGAUUGAUGCUUAUAAGUCUAGGAAGCCAUACUUGACGGCGCUUCUCCAUGGUCUCAUUAAGGAUCUUUACAGGUGAAAUAUUGUAUGUGUUCAUUAAUUAAGCUUGAUUCCGUGGAAUCCUCUCUUCACGACAGGGAGCAUAGAUAAAGUAUUGUUCCGACGGUCUUGUUGGCACGGUGUUAUGCUGACGAGAGGGGCUCCCCGUGUCUUAGCAGCGGGGGACGACAUUGACCAACAGAUGUGUGACUACGUGGUCAAGAAGUUAAUCAAGGGUGAAUGGCCAUGCCUCUUGUUGCCGGUGGUGGUCGCCGCUAACAGUGAAGAGUUGACAUUUGUACCACAGAGGUAGUUCACUCACAUACCCUGGGGCUAUGGUUAAUGAGUCUGUUUUGUUGUGAAAGAUCGUCAGGUCUAGAACCCUGCUGCGUCUAAGACGAGAUAUUUAUUAUCCGUGAAACAAUAGCUGGAAACGUACUAGUGAGUGGAAAGAAAAUAGAAAGAAAAACUGAGGGAGGAGGAGGGAAGGGGAUAAAGAUAAAACGUCGGAAACUUUGUGUUUCCGCUUGUUUGUUAUCUGUCAGUCUGUCCGUCUUCUAGAAAAGAUGAUAAGCGCAAUGAAUCCGAUAAAAAGAAUUUAUCUCAUCUCACAAUAAUGUUCAUCUGCACUUAGAUCAUCAGAUUGCGCACACAGUUAUCUAUCGUGGCUGACGCAUGUGAAAGCAAAGAAAGGGGAAAAAAAUCUCAGUGACCAGUGGGGCCUCGGACGUGAACUCACGCUCACGCGCAUUCAUCAUUUUUCCGACGAGGAACUACUGUUUUCAAAACUUAAAAACUGUGUUACUUUGAAACAUCUAUUUAAAUAGUUUUAUUUUUUGUGGCAUUUGUUUAUAAAUUUGGAAGAACUAUGCUGGACAAGGGAUACAAUGAUGACAUUUAGUGACCGGAAUGGUUUAAACAAUUUUCAGAACACAAAAUUCAGACCUACAAUGAACUGAGAAAAUAACUCUUAGGUCACGCCAUGCAAUUUUGUGUGGACGGCUUCUUGCGUAAGGAGUGAAUGGAAGCUUAAUGAACAAGUAAGCGAUUAAGUAGGAGACUGACAUCACUCCUCCCAGAAGAUCGGACCCCUGAUGCUAAAGGACUGGCGGGGGGUGAGCUAACGCUCUUAAAAACAUUAAAUCAAUUUGCGAGGGAUUACUCACAAGAUGUCCAGGACCUCGUAGGCCUUCCCUACCUGUUCGUCAGAAUGCCUCGUGGAGAGUGUAGGAAUUACAGCUGGGUAAAAUUCAGCUGAAGAAUGACAUCAGUGAAAGAGCUGCUCCAUGUUCUGUUCACAGUCAUCUACUUGAUUCAGUUAAAUCUUUUCGUGACCUCUUCAAUUUUCGUGGACAACGGCUUGCAGCAAACGAUUGUGUUUCACAGACUGCCGCAAAGAGACCGGCUGGGAAUUCAAGAAGAUAUACUGAAUCUUGUAGGAUUAAAUCAUCCUCCGAGACAAACGGCUGCAAGCAACCUGGAAUCCGCGCACCGUAAGUUCAUGAUGGACCUGUACAAUAGUACCCGGGCAGAGAAGGACCUCCAUAAACUUGUUGGUGCCUCUUAUAAUAACAGCCAGCUAGAUGUCAUCAUGGGGUUUGUCAAUCACGCACCAGAAGCUCCACACCUGAGCCACGAACGCUACCAGACUUUCUUUUUUAACUUCACUGAUGUGCCAGGAAAAGCGAAGGUAAACGGCGCCGAGCUCCAUGUUUAUAAGAACCGAGCGGACAAGACGCCGAGGGCAGAGGUCACUGUCGAAAUCUGCUUCAUUCGAGAAGGAUGGAAGCCACAGAGCAGUGUUAUUAAACCUCAAAGCCGGCUGAAGGUGCGCGGUGAUGCAGAAGGCUGGUUGAAGUUUAACGUUACGAGGGCUUUAAAGACUUGGACAAAAUUUCCUUCCUCCAACUUAGGCCUGUACAUGAGAGUAAUCAACAGAAGAGGUUUUGAGAUGACGCCGUCGAAGAUUGGAAUUACGGUAAACGGUGGUCCAGCUGACAAGCAGUCUUUCCUCGUGGGCUUUUUCAGCUUUUCCAAUCAGCAACUGAAACAUCCCAAAUUUCAACAGCUGACGCCGGGUCCUGAAGAUGUAUCUCUCCGCGAAGAUCCUUUUUCUAGCUGGAAGAGAAAUGGAAGCCCAAAAAACCGUCGACGAUUUUGUCAGCUUCACAGCAUGGAGGUCCAUUUUCAAGAGAUAAACAUGGAUUGGAUCCUUGCCCCUAGUAGCUACAAUGCAUUUUACUGCAGCGGGGAGUGCUCCUUUCCCUUCGGAGGUCACGUCGACGUCACCGGCCACGCCCAGGUGCAGGCCCGCUUGCAUCGCCUCAACCCUAGCCUUGUACCUCCACCGUGUUGCGUACCCACGAAGCUGGCGCCCAUCACCUUGCUGUAUCUUGAUGACAACUCUAAUCUCAUUCUGGCGCAAUACAAAGACAUGGUUGCAAGAAAAUGUGGGUGUCGCUAAACAAUCAAAACUCUGGACUAAAUCCA